AGAUGUUCCUCCUCUCCGCUGGUUCCCAGUGAUUCCUCCUCUCUUCUCCCACUUGGAACUACGUGCUUCGCCGCCGCUUGGCACCAGGAGCUUCGGGCUUGGAUGAAGAAUCGAGGGCGAGCUGUUGCCACUUUUGGCGACGAGAGGAUUUCUCCCUUUUGAUUUUUCUCCUCCUCCUCUGAAUCUGGAUUAUUUCUUCAUUAUUCCUCGUUUUAAUAUUCGUCCUCCUCUCCAGGAGAUGGCAAGUUGUUGCCCGAGCGACGCAGGGAUCCGCCGCUGAGAGAGAUCGGAAGGAUGAAGCUGGAUCUGUUACUUUGAGACAAUCUCAGCUCGUUUGGAUAAAAACCUCCUGGACGUUAUUUCUCUCGCCUCGUCGCGUCUUUUAUUUUAUUGUUUGUUUUUUUAAUUUUCGCAGAAUGUCUGUGUUGUACAAUCACACAAGGAUGCUCGGUGGAUUGCUAUUGUUCCUCCUGCUCACCCAGGUCUUCUCCUCGGUCGCCUCGCUGACACAGACCGAUAAAUGCGGAGGGACUAUAGAGAUCGACGUGGCGGACUACCUGACCUCCCCGGGCUACCCUGGCGCCUACCCCCCCUCCCAGGCCUGCGUGUGGGUGAUCACUGCCCCGGAGCCUGGUCAGAAGAUCCUCAUCAACUUCAACCCCCAUUUUGAUCUGGAGGACAGAGACUGCAAGUACGACUAUGUGGAGGUUUACAACGGCGGCGACGAGCUCUCGCCCAUGUUGGGGAAGUUCUGUGGGAAGAUCGCUCCGUCCCCCAUCGUCUCCAGCGGCAGCCAGCUCCUCAUCAAGUUCGUCUCCGACUACGAGACCCACGGCGCCGGGUUCUCUGUUCGCUACGAGGUCUUCAAGACAGGUCCAGAAUGCUCCAGGAACUUCACGGCUCCCCGGGGCGUCAUCAAGACGCCGGGGUUCCCGGAGAAGUAUCCCAACAACCUGGACUGCACCUUCAUGAUCGUGGCGCCCAAGAUGUCGGAGAUCGUGGUGGAGUUCGACAGCUUCGACAUGGAGCCUGACACCACGCCGCCGCCGGGCGCCGUCUGCAGAUACGACUGGCUGGAGAUCUGGGACGGGUUCCCUGCAGUUGGUCCCCACAUCGGCCGAUACUGUGGCCCGACGUCCCCGGGCCGCGUGAUCUCCUACACCGGCAUCCUGUCCAUGACCAUCACCACGGACAACGCCAUCGCCAAGGAGGGAUUCUCCGCCAACUACACCAUCCGCGAGAGGAGCCCCCCCCCGGGGCACGAGGACGAGGAUUUCGCUUGCAUGGAGCCGCUGGGCAUGGAGUCGGGGGAGGUGACCUCGGAGCAGAUCAGCGCCUCGUCCCAGUACAACCCCAACUGGUCCCCGGAGCGCUCGCGCCUCAACUACCAGGAGAACGGCUGGACGCCAUCAGACGACACCGUCAGGGAGUGGAUCCAGGUGGACUUGGGAUUCCUCCGGUUCAUCACGGCCAUCGGGACGCAGGGCGCCAUCUCCAAAGAGACCAAGAAGCAUUACUUUGUCCGGGCGUACAAAGUGGACCUGAGCUCCAACGGAGAGGACUGGGUCACGGUGAAGGAGGGCUCCAAGCAGAAGAUCUUUCAGGGGAACCACAACGCGGUGGCCGAGGCUCAAGCGUUUCUUCCCAAACAGACUCUGGCUCGAUACGUCCGAGUCCGCCCCAUGACCUGGGAGCAAGGCAUCUGCAUGCGCUUCGAGGUCUACGGCUGCAGGACGUCAGACUACCCGUGCUCGGGGAUGCUGGGGAUGGUGUCGGGUCAGAUCUCCGACGCCCAGAUCAGCGCCUCCUCCUACGCCGACCGCGGCUGGGUCGCAGAGAACUCCCGCCUGCUGACGGGCAGGUCGGGCUGGACCGGGCAGCAAACCAAGCAGCCCUUCAGGAACGAGUGGCUGCAGGUGGAUCUGGGCCAGGACAAGAUGCUGAGCGGCGUGGUGCUCCAGGGCGGGAAACACCGCGACAGGAACGUCUUCAUGAAGAGGUUCAAAGUGGGCGUCAGUGUGGACGGAGAGGAGUGGAACUACGUGAAGGAGGAAAACACCACCAGGCCGAAGAUCUUCACUGGGAACCAGAACCACGACACUCCGGAGCUGAGGUCCAUGGGUCCGUUCCUCACCCGCUUCGUCAGGAUCUACCCGGAGAGGGCGACCACCGAGGGCCUGGGCCUGCGCCUGGAGCUGCUGGGCUGUGAACUGGAAGAAAUCACCACGACAGCGCCCCCUACCACGCCCGUAGCCUCAACGCUUCUCACGACCACGUUCGAUGCCACCACCAGGGGGCCGGCCCCCCCGCUGAGCACCACCCACGGCCCUCUAUGUGAGGGGGGGCAAGCGGACUGCGGCGGCGAGACGGAGGCGCCCGACGACUACGACUUGGCGACAGCAGGAGGCGCCGCAGUGUCCGACCCGAUGGUGGACUUCAUGCCAGCGUACGUGUGGUUCGCCUGUAACUUUGAGUUCUCGUCGUUCUGCGGCUGGUCCAGAGAAACAGGAAACGGCGCCGAGUGGCUCAUCCAGACGACCGGCGCUCCCGCCAUCCACCGAGGACCGACACACGACCACAUAGGCAGACCAGGGAACUUCAUCUACAUGCAGCUGAUGGACACAGAGGCGUACAGCAAGACGGGCGAGGACGAGGCGGAGAAGGGGGCGAGGUUGGCGAGCCUGCCCAUCACGGCGCCGGACGCUGACCUCUGCAUGUCCUUCUGGUAUCACAUGUCCGGCGACCACGUGGGGGCGCUGCACAUCAGGCAGAGGAAGGAGGCCGAGGGCGAGCAGAUGCUGUGGACGCUCGGGGGACAUCAGGACAAACGCUGGAGGGAGGGACGGGUCCUGCUGCCGCACUCCAGCGUCCAGUAUCAGGUGGUGGUGGAGGGAGUUGCAGACCGACACAGCUCAGGUCACACCGCUGUGGACAACAUCCAGAUCCUGGAUGGACUCAAUGCUGAGGACUGCAAGGAUCCAGAAGUUCCUACGUCUCCACCGACUGACAUCUUCAUCCUACCGAUCGACUCUCUCUCACAGGACAACAGCGAGCUCGGCGGCCCGGGCAACAUGCUGAAGACCCUGGACCCCAUCCUCAUCACCAUCAUCGCCAUGUCGGCACUGGGCGUCUUCCUGGGCGCCAUCUGCGGCGUGGUGCUCUACUGCGCCUGCUCGCAGGGCAGCAUGACGGACAGGAACUUAUCCGCCCUGGAGAACUAUAACUUUGAGCUGGUGGACGGCGUGAAGCUAAAGAAGGACAAGAUGAACGGACAGACUAACUACUCAGAGGCGUGAGGGCGGGGCCGAGAGACGGAGCCGAGGACGCUCCGCGUGGACACAUGAUGCAGCCAAUCAAGCGAGAGGAGCCUGGGGGUCCGCGGCCUCCGACGGGACAGCAGGGUGGGCUGAGCGGGAGCCGAUGUAAUUUUAUUUCUCAGGAGCGGCGGUGGAAGGGACCGACCUGUAGGGGGCACUGUGUAUAAAGAAUCUGUACAGCAAAAAAAAGAAGAUGAAAAAGAAGACAACUAAGGAUUCUAUUUGUUUUUUUCUCGACGUGCUUUGUUGAUUUGUCGUCAUCACUCGCUGGUGUCGAGACCGACGCAGACGGAAGAGUCGUUUGUGUACUUUUAUGGAAAGAAAAGAUCUGUUUGUUUAUUGGUUUUGAUUUCAGACGUCAUCGUUUGAACAGGGCAGAAUGUGUGUGUGUGUGUGUGUGUGUGUGUGGUCCUUACACUCAUGUUUUACUCUUAAGUCAUGAACACAUAUUUCUCUCUCUCCCUCUGUGUGUGUGUGUGUGUGUGUGUGUGUGUGUGUGUGUGUGCUUGUGUGUGUGUGAGAAUAUGCGUGCAUGUGAGUGUGUGCAUGCAAUUGUGUGUGUGGUCAUUACACAAAGGUUUAUCCAUAUCCAUGAACAUAUAUUUCUCUCUAUCAGUGUGAGUGUGUGUGAGGGUCUGUGUGUGUAAGAAUUGUGUGUGUGCGUGUGUGUGUGUGAGAACAUGCGUGCGUGUGAGAGUGUGCAUGCAAUUGUGUGUGUGGUCAUUACACAAAGGUUUAUCCAUAUCCAUGAACAUAUAUUUCUCUCUAUCCGUGUGUGUGUCUGUGUGUGUGAGAACAUGCGUGUGUGUGUGUGUGCGUGUGUGUGUGUGUGUGUGUGUGUGUGUGCGUGUGUGUGCACGGCGGGUUCCAUCCUGACCCGUUGACCUGUGUCUGGUUCCGACAGUGCCUUUUAUUUCUUCCAGUUUUUCCGUUGCCUUGUUUUCUCAUCAGCUGGUUCUGUCCGGGGUUCCCACACAAACAUGAGCGGGAGAAAGUCCAGAGAAUGAAUCUUGAACUUUGUCCAGAUUGUGAUCAUCACACUUCAGUGUCUUCAGGGUCGUCUCUCGUGUUGGACUCGAUCUGCAGAUCCUCUCGACGGCUACAGACUCAAAAUGUUCAAAUCCAAGUCCAACAGUCACGUUUUCCGACGAUGUGCAGGAGCCCUGAACGCCUCGUUGUCAUGGCACACGACACAUCCAACAUAUUGUACAAAGGUUUUAAUAUAUUUGAGCGCCCCUUCUUUUUUUUAUAUAUAAAUAUAUAUAGAAAAAGACACGAGUGCCGCAGUAUCCUUUCCACGUUGAAAUCAAACUCAACUUCAUCUUCAAAAAAUUAAGAAAAUGUACAAAAGUCUUGAUUUGAUUUGAACGGACAGAGACAGAAUCCUGUUGUUUGUGUUUGUUUUGAAAAUAUGAUCAAGUCGUGAGUUGUGUUGCUGUGUCCUGGGAACACGACGUUUUUUAACAAUGAGGAAACGUGGAUUUAUGAUUGUUGAGGAAUGCCUCGUGGGAAGUGAGGGUUUGUGUACAGGGUAAAACGGACGAACUGGGAGACGGAUCGUUGGAGCGAACGUUUCUCCCGACAAACAAAACGACUGUUGAGCGUUUGAGCUGAAACGUGUCCGGCGUCAGAAAGACUUCCCCAGAGAGCGCCUCUCUUCUCCGACAGGAAGUGGAAGGCUCUGACCCGGGAUCAACGUUUGCUGUGACAAUGCUGUGUGUGUCUGUGUGUCUCCAGUGCUGACUAUCAGAGGAAGGAUGUAUACAUGAACUUUUAUCAGAGUCACCAGGCGACGAAAAGCAGCAACAACCAUCAUCACGUCCUGGAAACAGAAUCAAGUCUUUAAGAACCAAGAUGAGUUCAUCAGAGCAGAGAUCCAACAGGAAAACCCAGUCAACCAUUCAAUUCAAUACUUUUUAUUAUGUCAAAAUACAAAUUUAUAUUUCUUUUCACUAUUUAAAACAGGUGAAAGUUGGAUUUGCAGUUAAAAUGCUGUGGUUUGAUUCUCUCCUGUUUGUGUUAUUCACAGUGAACGACCCUGACCAGUGUUCUUCUAUAAAUUCUGUUUCUUUUCAUCAUUUACAUCAGGUUGUAAAAAUGUAAUUUGCCGUUAAAACACUGAUUUGUUUCUUUGCUUUUUACCUGAAGGAAUCUGCUUCAUAAACUCCACUAAUUUGAAUUUAAUCUGCAUUUUAAAUCCAGGAGCAUGUUGGUAUAACUGUCAACAUUUCAGAAUGGUGCAAAAGGGUUUUAUUCACCGUGUCAUCUUGAAAAUUGGAUUUUAUAAACGUUACAUGCAGGUUUCUUUGCUCCAUAAUCAGCGUCUAGUAUUAAGUUAACGGUGAAAAUGGCAAAAGGCAUAAAAUCGAAUUAAACUGACUUGUUCUUACUUUAAAUUGUUCAGUGAACGUUGGUUUUAAAAAACUAAAAACAAUAACCUUUGAUUUAAUAUUCCUGCUUUGUUCUGUUUUAGCUUCCAUCAAACCUUUCAUGUGUUCUCUGCACAGUCACAAGUUUAAAAAGUUGUGACUUAUUUCUGCACACAAACCUGUUUUCAAACAACACGACUCAAAAUGUGAAGCGAGACGGUGGCUCAGCGGUUCGUUGUGAAUCGAUUCUCGGGCCCAUUUUUAGGUUUUUCUGUUUUGCCGUAAAUGAGACUUCCUCAGUUGAUGGAUUUGAAUCAGAUCCUCGUCUGGUUUCAGUUAAUGAACUCGUCACAUCAAACGAAGCUGCUCUGGAUGUUGAGAGUUUCCUGAUUCAGUCGUUUUCUUUUGUGUUUUCGAGUCUGACGGGAACUUGUGUGUGAGUGUGUGAGUCGGUCACGUGUUGAUAAAACUCUUCCUCCUGAGCAAGAAAGGAUUCUGCAGCACUCGACGUGAAAACAAAUGUUGCACUGAUAUAUUUAAAAAAAAAUCUAUGUGUUUAUGAUGUUGAUUUAAAAAGAGAGAAGGAAAGUAGAAGAGUGUUAUUGUUGCUUCUUUCUAACAGUUUCAGAGGACAGUGUUAUGAUUCUGAAAUGUACAAUUUACAGAGAUGUUUUUCAUUCUGGAAAAAGCUUAUAUCGUCUCUUUGAAACGUAACAACUUUAUUUACUUGGUAUAAUAUCACUUUGUCCUUUUGUACCGUCACUGAUGUACGUGCCAUUGUUUCUUUAUUUUCAUUUUAUUUUUUUCCCCCUUGUAUGACAAGAAAAAAAAGUUUUAUUUUCAAUACUGCUUCUGUAAUUUUUGCUGUCUCAGAUCCAGAAAAAAAAACAAGAAAGGAAAUAAGAAAGUUUUAAAAAAGAUAAUUAUGGGGAAAAAGUGAGGCCUUAAGUGACUAAAAGUAUUGUUUGUACUUUGACUUUCUGGUCAGCACCCACACUCGUCCGUCCCUGUCGUCUCAGACUCUCAUCAUGGACUAUUACAUUCCAAAGAAUUGGAUCAAAUAAAUGUUUUAAAUAAAA